AUGGCGCCGCACAUAGAUACGGGCGAUUUGCAACUCCCAAACUAUGACAGGAUGUCUAAAGCUGAGCUGGACGAUGCCCUUCUCGCACAUGGGCUCCCUCCCAACAAACACGGUCUGAAAUGGGAACUGGUCCAGACUUUAGUCGAAGACGACAAAGCGAAGCUUCCAGUCACUCCGGUAUUUACACAACUCAAUGAUCCUCUCGGAACAUUGGAGGAACAGCACAAUAGAGACGUGUUGAAGCACGGUCUCAACCAGGUCACAAUUGAGAAAGCAAAGUUGCAAUACCAGAAAUGGCUGGUCCAGACAACAGAGGCCCACAUCAUAAAAAAGGCACAAGUUGCUUGGGACAAUUACAACAGUAAAGAGACUACGCGCAACAACCGCGUUCGGGGAUAUACCGCAAGUGAAUCACAAGAAGCUUUCCUAAAGGGCAAUAUUCCUGUAGCCGCGCCUCAGACUGCUCCAGAAACUACGCAGAAGCACACAGAGCUGCCUGAUAGCGCGCCUCAUCUUAUUUCUAAAGUUCCCCUUGCAUCUACCCUCUUGAAGCCAUGGCUUUUCAUCUCUAGCAAAGAAUGCGAAGUCAGGGGAGACCGGAUUGAUCGUAUUCGAGCCAAGUAUACCAAAGCAGGUAAUGCGAGGAGUGUUCGAGCAGAUAGGACUGGAUACUUUAUCCUCUUCCCUGAAGGCGAAGGAGACGAGAAGAUUAAAGCGUGCUAUACGUAUUGGGGGAGCAGAGAUAAUUGGCUCUAUGGUGCAGUGGUACACUUCCAGUUAUUCCUAGCGGACGAAGGUACGGAUAGUUCUGAAGAUAUUGCUAGUCAGACAAAAUCUGUCGAGCUAGUUGGUACUGAGAAGAUAGUCACAGCUAUGCCAGAUUCCAGACAACUUCUCGAUGCCGCCCAUAAUCAGGGUUAUGAAGCAGAGGAGAGUAGUCAGCACGCAGCCCCUAACACGAACGGCACGAACGAGGUCAUUCCAAGUCAUAGCACGAAGCGCAAGAACAAUAGUAUGCAUGAUGCCACUAGUGCAAUAGCCAAAAAGAGCAAGAAGAAGGACUCUUCAAUGGAGCCCCAACAGCCCACCAUUGAGACACCGCCCUCCGCCCCGUAUCUGGUUUUGCCUGCAUCUAGAACGAAUAUUGAUCGUGAAUGGCUCGAAAAGUGGAUUAGAAGAAAUCACGGAUCUCGCGACAUCCGCGUCAGAACCGAUGAAACUGGAUACAAGCUUCUUUUCAAAAACUUAGAAGCCGCUUGGGCGUGCUAUAAAGUUUUCCAAUACAGGGCUUUCUGUACCUUUCCAGACAAACCGCUAGGUUAUCUCCAAUAUUUCGAGGAAAUCCAUGCUGGAAGUGGGGUAGCGAAUUUACAAAGUGAUGACGGUGCUCGUGGGAAGUCCACCAUCAUGAGUACUAUCGAACCAGCCGCAGAUGCCUCCACAAAGCCUACGAAUUACAUAUUCAUUGCCAAAGACCAGCUCCCUUCCGAAGAGGGCCUUGCUAUGUCUUUAAUGACAAAGUUCAAGUCUCAUGGUCCACAGAGUGUUUGGGAAGACUCUAUGGAAUACUGUAUCGGUUGGCCAUCUGGAAAGGAAAAAGCUGUUAUCAAAUGCUAUCGGGAUAAGGGACCAAAUGACUAUCACGUCUAUAAGGGUCGAAAGAUAGAGCUCAUGUUCAGAUUGGCGAGGCCGUAAACACUAACGUAUUUGUCUUGAUGUUUUGCUGUACAUGUAGGUUUUGAUUGUAUAUGUGGCGAGAAUGGGACGAACAAGGACAGUAGGGUGGGCAACAAAGUGUGUAAUCGGGAGCCAACAAGGUCUGGGAAGAUACCCUAUUUGUAGAAUAAUCUC